AAGUGGCGGCUGUUUUGUCAAUUGUGCUUCACAUUGAUUGACUAUGAUUGGCGUAAGCAAUAUUACUAAUAGGACGGACCCAAACAGUCUCAAGUCGCGUGUUUUCGUUGGAAAUCUUAAUACAGUGCACAUGACAAAAACAGAACUUGAAUCUAUUUUCUCGAAAUAUGGAGCAGUCGUGGGAAUAUCAGUACACAAAGGAUAUGCGUUCAUUCAAUACGCAAAUGAGACUAAUGCACGAGCCGCAGUUAUUGGUGAAGAUUCAAAAACUUAUUACAAUAUGGUUUUAGAUGUAACCAUAGCAUCCGAACCGAAAAACCGCAAGCGAGGGAGAUCGAAUAUUGGUUCGUCGCUUCCAUCCUGGUAAUUUGCUUUCCGUAUAUAAUAAUCGAGUAAUUCCUCUUUCUAGGAACCCCUUGACAAGGUAUGACUCAUUUUUGUUGUUUCGUGAGUCUCUAGUUUCCUUCGAAACUUUAUUUUCAGUUUUGCUUAGGAUAAACUGUUAUAGUUAUUUAUAAUCAAACCUAGUAGGGUAUUUCUAUUGGCUUCAGAUUAUCGAGUAUAUUUAAAUAUAAUAUCACUAAAUAAUCGUCUAUGCAACUCGUCGUCGACACAUGGCUUUAGAUAUUGUGGUACCCACUUGUCGGCUUGUUAAUUAUGAUCGUUUGUUGACAAAGUUAGAAGCAAUAUCGGACGCUGCUACUGAUGUAGAGUAAUAAAUACGAAGUUUCAUUCAGAACCACACCCAGAACUUUACACAACUCGACAAGUUUCGAAAAUCAACCACCAGGAAAUAUUUGUUUGUACUAAACCAUCACCCCCUUGACAUGGAGGCAGGCUGUAUAAAAUAGGAUGUAAACAGAUGUAUAAAUUGAGUCCUCUACGUCAUCAGCUCUUGAUAAUUCCUAAGUCGGAGUGCAAGGACUUUUUGAGUGAGUUCUGCAAGAUACUGUUUCGCACUUCAAGUAGUAUCGAUCUCAGUCUUUUACUGACUAUUUACCAAUAAAAACGAGCUCGGGGGAUCUUGUAAGUCUGUUUCUAAACAUUACCGUACUUUUAAUCGACUUCAGUUGUUCAUAUGAUGAGUUGGAGGGCAAACUGUUAGUCUAUUUUGUGAUUAUUUUCAGGGUAUGUCCAUAUUACCCUUCUAGGAAUAAUAGUAAUAAAGACUUGGUUGCAUGAAUGAACACUUUUCUACGCUUCACUGAGGUGGCCAUUUAUUAACUAUUGUUCAUUAAAAACAUUUAUGCCAUAGAAAAGGUGUUGAAACUUUCCAAGAUUAUUCCUAGAGUUUCCCACAAUAUAUUCAAACUUCGUUUCGAUUACAUUUUCAGCACUAACCUUUCAGAACUUGCCUUACAAGCUCAAGCCCUUAGCAGUAUAACUGGAAAUUCGGUUCUAUCACUACAGCAGUUUGGUUUAGAAGGUAUUAUGGGUCAGCCUAACCUCGUUAAUUUUGCUGCUGCGGCAAAUUCAGUGUUCCAUACCCCUUCAUUGUCUGCUUUAAACGUUUCUAGUGCCCAAACAGCAGUUACAGCGGGUAACAUACGUAAUAAAUAUACCAGAUUAUCGAACACCACAACAACCACGUCUUCAACAAAUCCUAACUCUCUUGCUGCCAAACGUACUCGUUUGGAUGGAAUGUUAGGUAAUACUGGUAAUCAUAAUUUUAACUCGAACUCGUCUUUGCCUGCUGGGGCUAGAGGACAGAAUUUAGUGUCACUUGUUUCUGCAACGGAUAGCCUCAUACCUCCAGCAAAUCGUCGCCAGUCAUCAAACUCUGGUCCUGUUCGUUCUGUGCCCGAUCAAUCAACCAGCAACUCUUUAGUGCGUAAUCGAAUUGUGACGUCUGCUUCCUCUCGCACAACAAACUCAUCCACAACCAGUUCAAAUCAAAAUUCACAACCGGUGGAAAAAAAUUCCGACGUACAUCUAAAUCGCCCACAAAAUCUAGGCCAUUCCUUCGAAUCUGACCAUCCUACUGUUCAACAGCCCAAUCGUACAGCCUCGUCAACAAAAAGUAAUAGUCCUCAUUCAAGUGUCCAUUCACAUUCAGAGGAUAUUCUGAUAUGUGGACGUUGUCGUCGUUUAUUCGAACAAGUUGAUGAACUUAUUUCACAUAAAAUGGCUGGUUGCAGUUUGGAUAAAGAUAGCGGAGCUAGCUGUCGUUGUCGAGCCGUUGGUGAACCAGAGAAUUUAGAAUGUGCAUAUUGUGGUGCCAACUUUUCAACUGCUUGGGGACUGAUGCAUCACUGUCAUAGUGAUCAUUUUUUGACUAUAUACGCCCUUCCAUCACCUCCUCCAUCUCCUUCUGCGUCAUCCAAUUCUCCGUCUUCUGAACUUUCUUCAAUAGUUUCUCGCCGAUCUAACAAUGAAGGGGAGAAUUUGUCUGAAAAAUCUAUGAGAUCAAAUUCUCAUUCAGAUAGAUCAAAUCAUACAGGUAAGCACGCUACAUCACUUGUGAGGCAAAACAUAAAACCUGAGCAUCCUACAUUCGAUAACCACCAUUCUUCCAGUUCACAUAGUAUUGAAGAAAAUCGUGAAAAUAGCGACUGGGAUGCAGAGGAGGAGGAUGACAAUAACGACCGCAGCGGAGGUGAUACUCCAACACUGGAAUCAGUGCAUAAUGGAAAAUUUAGCUCACCGGACAUCCCGAGAGAUCACUCAUGUGAUCAGUCAGAUACAAGAUCUACAUCUGGUGCUUCAGAUUCAGAAAUAUCAAAUGAAAUUCGUAGCAAGCGGCUACUGAAAUCACGAUCUCCACCCUGUCCUCGAAGAAGUCGUGGUAGUGAAUAUGGCCGUCAUGAGACUGUAGAUGACGAUGACUAUGCUGAUGACGAUUCAGAGCCUGGUAAUAUAAAAACUGAAUAAUUACUCAGGUAUGUUGUGUCAUACUUUUCACUAAUAGUUCAAUCGUUGUAUUUUCGUUCACAUUGUUAAUGAAUACAUUUCCAGUUCCUUAAAAAUAACUAUGUAAAUCAACUUAAGUGACUAAAGCUGGAAAAGAGCCGGUACACAGAAAAAGCAUUCUUUCUGACUUAUUUCAUAGUUUUUGUACACUUAAACAAAUAGGCAAAACAGUAAGUUUUAGAAAUAUCCAUUUAAAAUCAAAAUUUUAUUACAUAGUUGAGAUCCACUCAUAUUUUAUGGGAUAGACGAUAAUUUCCUACUCUAAACUCUCUCAGACCAAUGAUUGACAAUAUCAGGUUUAUGCUAGCUUAAUUUCCUCAGCUACCUAUUCUCUUGAAAUACAAUUUAUUGUGUAAUAAAAUUGAAAACAACAAAAUUAACUAUACUCACUUUUUAUAAAGAUUAAGUUAAUAAUACUACCGUUCAGCAAUUUAAUAGUUCAAGGUAAAUACCAAAAUAAUUUUUGGUGUGAUCACAACCAAACUGCUGUUGAUAACGUUGUAGCUGACUGACUGACUGACUGCUGUUGAUAACAAGACUUAAAAAAUCUAACCAAUUACUUAUUAUCUUAAGUUGUCUACAUAUACGUUCCCAAAGUUGGUGGUUAAUAUGAACAUUUCUAUUUGGCUUGACUGCUAAUUUCAACCAUUGUUUAAAGUCAACAUUGAAUAAUUAUGAAAAAAGCCUAUUAUAGUUUAUCGGUAGUUUUAUUAUCGAAAUGUACAUCAUGAUGCAUAAGUUAGUUUAGUCAUAUUUUUAUCGGUUAUAGUGAUGAUUUUUAAAUAUUAAUGUUAACAAUAACGUGGCCAACCCUGACAGGGCAAAAACAGAGCGGGUUGUUUCACAUCCGUACCAAAAUUUUGUCAGCCACUGGCCGAACACAUCUGCUGAGACUUAGAGUAUAAGUUAAGUGAGCAACACACCUGACUACUACACACUUAUAGGCAUUAACACAACCUUACCUUGAGGUAGUAUUUUGCUUGUUUUGGUAAAGAAAAUACACCUGAACGUUCUUUGAUCAUUUAUGAAAGGCUAUGCAUUUUUUAUCCCUUUCACCGAACAGCACUACGUCAUCUGCAUACUAUAAAUUGGUAAGUCUCUACAUAGGAAAAGUCAUAUCUGUGAUAAAAACAAAAGUGAUCAAAGUGAAUUGCUCAGACGAAAAUCUGUCGACUUAGUUCAUCUAAAUAACAGUUUGCUAUAAAUUCUGACUCCAACGAUAUUAUCCGAGUAAUGAACCUUCAAGAGGUCGAUAUUUAUUUGUUCAUCUGAACACAUAAACAUUGGUACAACGGGGCACCAAAUACAUAUGCGCAACACAAUAACAAUGAGGUUAUGAAGAGAUAGAAAAUGUAAAGUACGUAUAAUAAGAAGAACAAUGAACAUAAAUCAGUGUAUGAGAGUGAAAUAAUAAUAAUAAUAAAAACAGUUCAGUUAGCAAAAGUACAACCAGAAAGAAUUCUUUCAGUUAAAGAAGCUACGUUUGCUAUAUUGAUGAAAGUAAAAGAAAGUUACAGCAGCAUCACCACUGGUCUCUAUUUUGAACCAUGUCUGGCAACGUCUCUACCCAGUGUUGCACCAUCUCUAGGACCCAACCAGGGAUUCGUGAAGGACCAACAGAAGCCAGUUCUGUGUGGUUUUCUUUCAUACCACGACACCAUGUCAUACACUAAACACCUCGCUUUUUCCAACCAGUCCCGAAAUCGUCAGGUAAUGCACGACGAGGAAUUCUCUGGGACGGCAUUCGUAGAAAAUUUCCAAGCCACCGAAACCAAUGUUUCAAGAUAAUGACGCUAAUUGAAUUACCGUCUCUGUACCCAAACCUCUACAUUACUGACAUGGUGUUGCCACUGGAUGUCAGUAAUCCUUCAGAGACAACGACGAUAAAACACAGAUAGUCGUCUAACAUCCUCAACUCGGAAGGGCCAGGUUUCACAAGCAUAGAGCAAAACUGCUCUCAUCGACGCGUUGUAGAUCCGACCUUUUACAGCCAGACUGACAUCACGAAGGCGCCAAAGUUGGUGCAGAUUGGCAUAAGCCGCUCUGGCUCUCACUAUACGUGCACUGAUCUCAUCACUCACUCCACCACCAGCACUUAUGCAGCUACCUAGAUACACGAACGUCUCGACUACUUCUAUCUUCUCACUAUCCAGGAUGAGUACAGGAUUACAGUCCUGCCAGUCUUGUAGAAGUACUUUGCACUUCGAAGGUGCAAAGCACACACCAUACCUACGGACACUGACUGCCAACUGAUUGGGUGCGGAUCGCAUGUCUUGGGUAUCAUCACAUAAACAAUAGCAUCCUCAUAUUCAAGGUCGAGAAGUCCUUCUUCCAGCAACAGAUCCAUACCAUCAUCACCUACAUCCAUUGGAUCUGUCUCCAAAACGUCAUCGAUGACAAAGUUGGAGAGGAAUGAUGAGAUUGGGCAACUCUGUCUAACCUUACCGCUUGAAUGGGACAGUGGGGGGUGGUUGUAUGCCCACACUCCCUGAGGUGUUCGUAUAUAGGGCUUUUAAUAUGCUAGUAAACUUCUCAGGCACACUCUUGUCCUGUCCAACGAAUGUCAAGAAACACUACGGUUGUUGGCCUGUGAUAAGUAUGACGGUUUUCUAACAUUUGGAGGAGGGUGAAGAUAUGAUCAAUACAUCUUCGACCAACCUGUCCGUGAGUCAAGCUUUCUCAGAUUCUGUUAUAAUUUCUCUUAUCAAAGCCCAUUUUUUCCUAUUGCUCAGUAUUAUUGGACACCAAUUCACUCGACAAGUUUCCAAAUCAGAACACUGUUGAACAUGGACGAAAUUAUAUUCCAAAUAACAAGGGUAGAUGGAAGUAGGAAUUACAAUAAGAAAAACACUAGUAUAUUUAUAGUUUUUACACAAGAAGAUUCUCGAGUCUUUUCCAAGUAUCCACUGGCGCUGACUGGAUAAGGAAUAGCAAGUCAGUGCGCCCCAACAUAAUGCUGCACAGAACAUGCUUUUAUCCAAUCUUUAUUCCGCUAACAGGUUUUGAACAAUCUACGAAGUAUGACGGAAGCCAAUAUUUUGGACGUAAUUGGAAGUAGACUUACCUCCGAUAGUUGUUGCGGAAACGAUGCGAACCCUUUUUAAAGAUAGGAACAACUAUCGACUCAUUCCAUGAUGUUGGAACACUAAUUGCCAGACCUUUGUAAACAACUCAGCCAGUUCCUCAACCAGAAAAUCAUCACCAUCUUUAAAAAGGGCCAGAGGUAAGUCUUUUGGGCCUGGCGAUUUGUGUUGCUUCAAAAGUUGGAUUUCCUUGCGGACUUACACCUCGUUAGGUGGAUCAGCCGUCACAGGUCAUGGAGAGCAGGACCGUCUGGUCGAUGUUGCCGGGGCAAAGGACCAGUGAAUCUGCUACACGAAAAACUUUGCCCGUCGUCCAAGACGUCGAUAGACAUUAGUGAUUGGCAUACCGUCACCUUCACAGAUUGUUUCACUCACACCAGACUUCUUACUGCCAUUGGCUCGGAUGACUUGAAAGAGCUUCCGGCAGUUACCAAAUGCAGCUGCUGCUUCCGACUCAUUGGCACUCUCCGACCAUCAAGCUUCUCGGUCCUUCUGCAAGUUUUGCCUAGUUUCAUUACGUAACAGUCAUCGUCUGUGGUCGUGCAAUUGCAGCCGAUGCUCAUCUAUACUUUUCGGUGGGAUGGUAGCUAGCCUUGAACCUAGCUCGGUUUGAUAUUUAGUUGCAACAGAAGCUGCAACCAAUUUACUGAAUUAGAUCCGUUUAGGACGAUGAAUUUGUUGGUCACUAAAAGUAAGGUAAGAUUAGCGCAAACAAGGGCAUGAUCAGAGUCCAGAUAGGUACUACAAAAGCUGUGGCAGUCGUGUACAUAACCACGCCAGUGGUAGCUGAUCGCGAUGUGAUCAGUCUGAGUCCAGGCUUGAGAUGCAGAGGGAGGAAGCCAGGUGUCACACCGGUUAUGACUGUGCUGGUAGUUACUGCCAGUCAGAAACAGGUUGUGGUCCGCGCACAGUUGCAGUAGACUGACCCCGUUAUCUAACCUGCGAUCAACCAAUCCCCAUCGACCACCUAAACGACUCUCUUCUGUGCCUAGACGCCCGACUUGAGCAUUCGAAUCUCUGACUAGUACUACAAUAUCUGCCGAAUGCACUUUCUGGAGAAGAACAGUUAACUGGUAGUAAAACUCAUCCUUGAUUUCAUCCGGGCUGUAGUCUGUUGAAGCGUGACGGAGAUGACGAAAAGACAUCGUUUCUCACACCAAUUUUUUCAUGCUUCGAUGGUGCUUUCUAAUCUAACAACACAACCGACCGUUAAUGGGGAUCCAAUCGAUCAGUGUUGCCUUAGCUCUGGAGCUUAUUGCGACAUUGACGCCAGAAAAACCAGACGAAUAUGCUACAGAAUCCGCGGAUGAACGCACGCAAAGCAAACUUUCCGAAGCGACAUAUGAAGAUCGAAUUUGUAGUACCUCACUAGAGUCUUGAAUACCGGUCUCGGAGAGACAACAGACAUCAGUGUUGAAACUUUCUAAAGACCAACCCUAUCUGUUGUUGAUACAGCUUUGUGUUGUCUUUUGAUCACGAACGCUGCCAAUAAAUUGGUCUAAUCCUGUCAGCACUUCGAAGACUAGGGUUGUAGUCAAAUAUGCCUGGUUUCUUCAUAUUCACCGUGUAUAAACUUCAGCUAAACUUCGGAUAAUUAUGGAAGCUAAUAUUUUAGGAGCCAUAUUAUUCACAUUAACCUCUGGUUGGGUACCAUAAGACGUUUUUAUCGUUCCUUAUGAGAGAAAACGACUAGUCAUAACAUCCAGUUAAAUGGAAUUACGUUCGGUUUCGAAGCUUCGCUUAACACCUCAUUGAAAAUUCCUGGAGCACCAUCUUUGAAGACCUUAAAUUAACAUAUAGACUCCUGUCGCUCUGCUUCACCUCAAUCCAGCUAUCGAUUUCUCUAUUUCACUAACAAUCAGCAACUUAUCGUCAUCUUCCCUUUCCGAAUAAUGUUGGUGGGCAGAAUGUGUGUAAUAUAAAUUCAUAGAAUGCUUCUAUUCAUUAAUAAUAAUCCAGCUAAACAAUAAAUCACUACUUCCGUCUAGGUAAUUUAAUUAACAAAUAUCGAAUAACCUCAUCACUUUGUUUUAUACAAUUUUUCCAUCAGAUAUGUAGAAUCUAAAGAUCGUUGUAAUUUUAACUCUGUAUCCUUAUCUAUUCAACAGUUGACUAACAACUUGUAUAUUGAAAUAACUACAAAAUCAUUAUUUAGUUUUAUCUUCUUUAAAUUCUUCGUAAUUUUUUAAUUUCUGCAUUUAUUAUCCUGUGUUUCUUUUCCAAAACAUAAAAGCUGAGAUGUGAGAUUAUUUUGCUUUUUAUUUUAUCCAUCUCGUUAUUCAUCAGUAGAUUGUUGUAAUUAAAAUAAGUCGUACGUGUAUGCUUUGAUCUUUAUGACUGACAAUCAGUGAGCGUCCUGUUACAACACUUUAUGUGUUAAAUGUGAAUUCCGUAAAUUCACCAUUAAGCUUUUAUCAUUCUAGUGAAUAGCACUUAUUACUACUUCUAUGAAUCUGGUGUUCAUCUUGCUGUGUUAAUGAGGUAUGGCAACUUGGACCGAUGCAUAAUAUGUCUGGUCUUACGUUGUAGCUGACUGACUGAAUAUAACAUUGAAUAUUUAACAUGAUCAUAAUUUAACCAUCAGCUUCAGUGUAUAGACUUAAUGUUACAUAUACUACAACAACAACCUGUAUUUCACUAGUAUGUUAAGGAAAAGAUAAUUUAAAAAUGGUUAAUGACUCCUUGCAAAAUAAAUUACCGAAAAUUGUUUAACGCUUAGUUUUAUUAAAUCUAAUCAAUGCUUUUAUCCAGGAUAACUUAACUUAGCCGUAUUAUUUGGCACGGCAAGGAUAUUUGUACUCUAGUCCUCUUACAUAUGAUAGAAGGAGUUCACAUUAGUUGCGUUACUUGUUACUAGACUCCUACUGUGCGACCAAAUAUCAUAGACUUAAUUAGUCAUGUAACCUGUAGACAAGAUCUUAACUUCUCUAUUACUGCAUGGUGCAUCUUUACACUUGACAGCGAUAGUGCUCCUGCUAGCCCCAUCGUAAAGAAAAUACACUGUACUUACGGAAAACAAGUUAAUUCCUUUAGUAUUAAUAUUUCUCCAAAGAAUUUCAAUACAACAAAUAACUGGUUCAUUGACUAGCUGUUGAUUUUUUUAAAAAAAUUUUAUUCAUAAUUUAAAUGAUGAAGGCAGAAUUAGAAGACCUUCGCUAUUCACAUUACAGAUUCUACAUAAUCCUAGCCAUAAUGUCUGAUUUUUAGUUUGUACGUUAUUACAGUAUACCAGAACUAAAAAUUCACUUGGUAUAAACGCUAACCUAAAUUCCUUUUUAAACUAAUAAGAUAGAAGUAUUCUCUUCAGUCAAGUUGAUGAUAGUGACUUUGAAUAGUUUGAAAUUUCUAACCACACUGUUCUCUACUUCAGACAAUAUUUUUAGUUCAAAUACAAAUACAAAAAUUCGAACUUGUAAAUUACAUUCAGUUGUACAAUGAUCAUUAUCAGUUGGUUCUUUUUGUUUUUCUGAUUUACUAUUUUUUCCACAUGUUCGACCAUCGCUAUGUUAUUCACUACUUUUAUUAUUAAUAUUUAUUUUUCAUUGUUAUCAUACCGUAACUAUAAUCCUGCUUUGUCACUAAGUUAGAAUUCAACUUUAACUGACUGUCUUGUAGAGUGAUAUACGGUCUAAACUUAGUUAUUUCCCACUUCAUACCUCUUAUUCUGAUUCUAUGUUUUAAUUAUUUUUCCUCACCUACUGUGUACUGUUAACAAGUAACUGGAAUUAAAUCUGAAGUCUUCCCAUUACUCUGUAGUAUAUACACAUGUAUAUCGUUCUAAUUUUAAAACCUUGAUAAACUUUCUACAAUCAUACAACAAUUUUCGAGGGCAUUUUCUGUUGACUUUGUGAAACCUGCCGCUUUACAAUGCUCCAAUAUCUUCUAAAGAGAAAUCACUUUGCACUAAAUCUCAUCAAUAGAACUGGGAACUGAAUGAGUUUUUGUUUGUCGAAAAUCUUUUGAUAUAAUUAUAAGUAUGCACGUUAGUACUUUGUAAGCUUUGCCUAAUGUUUAAAAAGUUCAUGUAACUGAGUAAUUAUUGUUUCGUUUAUUUAAACAUUCUACGUUUUUGUUAUUCAUCUACUUAACUAAUAUUCUUUUCAAACUUCUUGUUUUUAAAUAUACAAUAAAAUUGUAUAUUCAUUAUUGUUUGAAUACAUAUUUCAACGUUAUAUAUUCAUGACAAUGUUGUCCUUCCUCAGUAAUAUCAUAAGAUGAUAUCACCAAAUAUUGAACAUACGAAUGGCAAUAUCUCAUCUACCUCUAUGUUUUGUUAGUAAAUUUUUAGAUUCAAUCUUUUUUUUUCUAGUUCAAUAUAAAAUGAAGUGUACAUCAGCUAAUAUCAAGAUUAUUUUGAUUUUCCACACACUCUUACACCAGAUUCCAUCUUGAUUUUGACUGAACUGAUUAACUAUGUGUUAUAAUGAUAAAUAUGUCAGUAAAAUACAUCAAUGUGAAUUAUUAUGGUUAUUACUUUAUAAGUUUUUUUUCUUGUUUCCUAUGAAGAAAGAAUUCAACCAUUCACCGUCUUUCUUUUUGAACAAAAUCAAUUUUAAUAUUUUGCUCUUUUUUAGACCAAUGCUACCACCACAACAGCAACAAUCAUAUUUCAAGUUUGGUUCUACAUUUAUUCAAUUUUCAUUCAUUCAUUUAAGAAGUAAUUAUAAUUGUUUACUCGUAUAUGUGCACUCAUGUUAUGCACCAUCAAUACUAGUGUUGAUGUAUGAAAACCAUCUUCAGUUGUGUGAAUUGUUUUAUUCAUCUAUUCAUUUGUCUGUCUACCGACCACUUGUCUUCAUCAUUUAUUAAUGAAUAACAAAUUUAUGAAGAAAAAAAAAGAUAAUUCUUCGAAGUAUUCGAAUAGCCUACCGUCUAUUGACUCUUCACAUUGUAUUAUGACAUUUAUGUUUCAUUUGUUUGUCUUACAUUAUAUUCACUGUCAUACUGUCCAUUAUUAUUAGUUUCCAAUGGUGUCAAACAUCAUUGUCAAUUUUGUCACAGCUAAAUUAUAUUGAUAAGUAUCUAUGAAAAUGAUCUAUUUACAUUACAUACACAUGUAAGUGUUUCUUCUAUCCUAUAUAUGUGCUUAUCUUCUUCAUUGUUUCAUUAUCUUAUAAUGUUGCAUACAAAAUUGAAAAAAAUAAAAUAAAUUUUUAUUCUUUACUACACAUUUUUGUUGUUUGUCAUUUUGUUUUGUUUCUCGUAAUGUUUUUUUUUUCGGAUUACUAUUUGUCUAUGUGGGAUCUAAUUCAUCUUGAUUUGAGAGGACUAUGUGUCUACCGUAUGUAUUAUCUACAUUUUUUUUGUAAAUUACCUAGCUUUAUUUUCUGUCGGCAUUGUAAUGUAAUCCGAUAAUGUCACUGCGUGUGUUCAAUCGGUUUAUAAUGAUACGCUAGUCGCGCGACACAUUUUCUUGUAGUUGGUUUUUGAUACAUAGGCCAUUUCCACAAUAGUCAAUAAAUUAGUGGAUUUCAUCUUUAUGGAUAACUUGUUUUUCUUUUCAAAUCUGAAAGUUCAUGGGUUUUCAUAUUUUCACUCCCCGUAUACUCAUGUGUUUUUAUGAAGCGUUGUGUUAUACUGUUCUAAAUUUUGUAUAUAAUAGUUCUUUAAAAAUGGUUAAGCCAUUUAUUCAUUUUUCUGAGCGGUGUUUAUGUCCUCAUAUCUUCGAAUAUUUCAUCAGAAAUUAUCUGAAGUAUUAUCAAUUAUCAACUUGUUAACAAAGAAAAGAUGAUAUAUGCAAUGGUUUUCAAACUGUACAGGACACUUUCGAAUAUUUUCAAAACUCCAUUACUAUCAAUCUUAAAAUGCUAAAAAUGCCAUUCAUCCUAGGUUUUUAUAUACUUGAAGUGUAUAGUGUUUUUUGUUACAUAUUCUUGUUUAUAUACCUUAUCUCAAAAAGUUGAAAGUUAAUAUUUUUUCCAGUAUAGUCGCUUGUUUGUCGUAAUUCGGAGGAUGUAUCUUGUUCGUAUUCAUAGUAUUUUGUCCAUAUAGUAAUAAUAAUAUGUCUAUGAGUUAUAACUACCCGGUUACAUUUUUUUAUUAUUUUUAGUCUUAUGUUUUCCUUUAUUAUAUUCUCUUAAUUGUUUUCUUUGAAGGAAAUCCUUCAUCUCUCUCUAGAUUUGCCAGUAGGUUUAUUUUUUUUUAUAAGUUUAGCUGACAAAAUGCAUAUUUCGUUUCUUGUGACACUGCAUUAAAAAAGAAGCAAUAGUGAGUUUUAUAAUCUCAACACGUCUAAGAUAACAUUGGCUCAGCAUAAUAAAUUUCCAACGUUUACAAGUAAAUAUAAUGUCUAAUUUGUAUAUAAUUAUUAAUAAUACAUUAUAUUGUCAAGAGUGAUUACUUUGUUUUACGGAAAUGAAAAUACUUACUUACUUACGCCUGUUACCCCCAAUGGAGCAUAGGCCGCUGACCAGCAUUCUCCAACCCACUCUGUCCUGGGCCUUCUUUUCUAGUUCCAUCCAAUUCUUGUUCAUUUUUCUCAUGUCUAUCUCCAUUUCUCGGCGUAAUGUGUUCUUUGGUCUUCCUCUUUUCCUUUGACCUUCAGGAUUCCAUGUGAGGGCUUGUCUUGUGACGGAGUUGGGUGCUUUCCUCAAUGUGUGUCCUAUCCACUUCCAGCGCUUCUUCCUGAUUUCUUCCUCCACUGGGAUCUGGUUUGUUCUCUCCCACAGUAGGUUGUUGCUAAUAGUGUCCGGC